CCAUCUGCACUCUGAACUUGUACAUUUCUCCCCGAUCUGCAAAGACGUCGACGCAAACAUCGUCGGAAAAUCACUGAUCUCCAGCUUCGGAGUCUCCUCCGCCACUCGUAUGCUCACAUUUCGAAUUCAAAAUUCUCUCCGCCGAAAAAACCAAAACCCCCAAUUCUAAACCUCUCCCAAUCCGAAUCGAUCGAUCCACAAUCUAGAUCCGGAUGUCGUGUUUAGCCCUAGCUCUUCAACCGGCAAGUGGCCCCGACAUUCUUCUCCAGACCCGGGAAUGGUUCCCUCCUUCACGCGCGCUCGUAGCUCUCUCCGCCUUCCGCGGCACCCGCCGCUCCUUCGCGAAGAAUCAGCAGCAUCCCGCCUCCGAUUCCUCCGCCGAUUUCAUCGGUGACGAUCCGCUGACUGCCUCCUCCGGUCAGGUGAUUGUCGGCGCUGAGUCGCGCUAUCGUGUUGUGUACCGUCUAGUUAAUUCAAUUUACGUUCUUGGUGUUACUACGAUUGAUGAUUCGCAUAAUAAUGUGUUUGAGUGCAUCCAUAUCGUUAAUCAAUCGGUUUCCGUGAUUGUGACCGCGUGCCGCGGCGUCGAUGUGACGCCGGAGAAAUUGGGGAAGAAAUAUGCGGAGGUGUACAUGGCUUUGGAUAUAGUGUUGAGGGGCGUUAGUAGCAUUAGGCUUGCGGCAAUGCUAGCGUCGAUGCACGGCGAAGGCAUUGCCAAAAUGGUGCAUUCGGCUGUUCAGACUGAGAGUAAGAUCCGUGGAGCGGAUAGUUGGGGUAACGUGGAGUCGCAAGCGGCAGAUCAUGAGGCCAACAUGGAGUUGUUUUCGCAGGUGUCGUUUGAGCUGCCUGCGGAGACAUUGGAGGCUGGAGAUGAGGUGGCUACCACUUUGGCGAUUGUUCAACCUGUUGAGGAGAAGGAGUUGCCUAAGGUUGAGGAAACUGAGGUGGAGAAGGAUCCAUUUGCGGCUAGUGAUAGGAUUGGUAAGCCAGAGGAAAUGCUGAUGGAAGGGUUUAAGAAGGAUAAGGAUACGGGUCUCUCUGAUGUAAGCAAGGCGCUGGCAGGACUCGACGUGACUAGUCUGCCUCCAGCUGCAGCUACUGAGUCCACUCAUAUUGGUGUGGAAGGAUUCGAAGGGCAGUAUGGUGGCAUUGAAUUUUCUAAUGAUGGGUCGACGCUGCCGGAAGAUUUUGAAGGUAUUAAUGAUGCCUGGGGUGGCGGAUUGGAUGCAUCGGAGUUUGUGGGUACGAAGAAGGUUCCAAAGGACCAGGGUCUUGGUGGUUUGGAGCUUUUAGAGACCAGUGAGCCACCGUCUGCAGCUGUGGCUAAAGGUGCUGCUGCUGGGGAUAAGAUUGAGGAUAUAUUGGUGAAGAAGACUGAAAUGAAGGGUCCAGAGAUGUAUAUUGUUGAAGAGAUAAGUGCAGAGUUUAGGGAAUCAUUACUUGCUAGAGUGGGAUUGAUGGGUGUGGUGUAUCUCAAGACAGUCCCUCCUAAAUCGCCUUCAGAUGGCAAGGAAACUGAGUUCUCGUUCAAGGUCGAAGGCGGAGAAGGUAUCAAGAGGUUUGCAGUGGAGGGCUCUAAAGUGAGCAGCUUAGGAAAUGGCUUGUUUCAUGUGAGAACGGCUACCUCAGAGGAACCUAUACCCAUUGCAAAGUACAGCUUGCAACCUCGUAUGACUCCACUGCCUUUAAGGGUUCGACUAGCUAAACGGCUCAGUGGAACGUUACUUUCUAUUAUGGUUCAAUAUGUCUCAAACCCAGACUUGCCAGCUCCCUUGAACAAUGUAACGAUUGUUCUCAAAUUGCCUGUAGACCCGAGCCUAUUGAAAGUGUCUCCUAAAGCAGUGUUGAACAGGUCCGAGAGAGAACUGAAAUGGCACAUUGAUGAGAUUCCUCUGAAGGGAAAUCCUGGUAGACUCAGGGCAAGAAUGCCCGUGGAUAUUGGCGAAGAUGAUGAUGGAUCGGAUCUUGAGAUCGUUGCAUAUGUCAAGUUUUCUGCCCAAGUAUAUAGAUCUUUGUCUGGAAUCUCCCUAAGACCUGCUUCCGAGGGCAAGACAGAGUUCUAUGAGACUGACCACAGGUAUGAAAGUGGGGUUUAUGUCUGCAAUUGAGAAUCAGAACUGGGCUUUGUGUAUUGAGUUUGUACCAUUUUAUCUUAUUUGAUGAGUUUUUGUUGUUUAGAAACACUCUAGCUUUCUUUAUGCUCUGGUGUGUGUGUAAUUCACUGUUUCAUACGAUGAGUUGUACCCUUAUAUCUUUGUUAAAAGGUUUACUUUCAGCAGCUUGAAAUGAAACUCAAUUGAUUCGUCUU